AUGGAGGCAAUGAUUGACCCGGUGUUGGUGACGUCACUUCAAGUAGGUCGCAGCGAGGUGACCUGUUUGGACACGACUUGUGGGCGUCUGGCAGCCGGCAUAGGAGAUGGGACGCUUAAACUAUGGCGAUGGAACCGAGCUUCAGGCUGGUUACUGCUUUCUGAACAAAAGCGUGCUCAUCGAUACGGUGUCACAGGAACACGAUUUGCCGCUUCUGGAGUUCUACUUGCAACAGUUGGAAUUGAUGGUGCUGCAAGAAUAUGGUCUGCAUAUGAAAAUCUGCUUGAAAAACGUACGCUGGCUGGUCCGGAUACGGCAGCAGCUAGAUCUUUGCAGUGGGCAACGAGCGAACGAUUGGCUGUUGGACAUGACGACGGGGGAGUUCGGGUAUGGGAUGUUCGAGGUGGAGCAUUGCUAGCAUACAUACGACCUCAUGAAGGAGCAGUCUACGCGCUAGCAACAUUGGCUUAUAAUGCUCUCUUACUUACUGCUUGUACUGAUGGCGUUUUAAAAGUUUUCGAUUUUCAAGAAGUAACAGCAUAUGGAAACGAUGGCAAUGCUGGACCAACACCACUUUUUUGGGAGGAUGGAGCUCAUGAUAUGGGAGCACAGUGUAGUACGGAAUGUGGUCGUGACGCAGCUACUGGGGGGCACGAUGGACGCGUGAGGAUUUGGCGAGUUUCUGGUGUUGGAAGACAAAGACGAGUCGAAGCAGAUGUAACUUUGACUGGUCACACAGCUGCCGUUACAUCUUUGAGAUGGAAACGUGAUCUGCUUACAUCAGCGUCACUAGACCGCACUGCGAGGUUGUGGUCCGUCAGCUCAACCGUCUGUCUCCGAGUCUUGCAUGCACAUUCACGUUACCUUACAUGUAUUGCUUUAUCAGUGGAUCUGAGAUACAUAAUAACGGGUUCAAACGAUAAAACAAUACGGACAUGGUCUUUGGGCGUCUUCUCUAUAGACGAUGACAUUCAACCGGAAUGCAAUCAUAUUGUACAUUUUGGACUUGGUGACCUUGAGGGAAUCGGUCCAGUAGAUGAUGAUAUUGAAGAUGCUAAUGACACAGUGGUAUGUACAAGUAUGGGAACACAUCGCAUCGACCGCGUGCAACACGCUGCAGCAAUUAACUGCAUUGCUGCAUCUCAGUCAUUAAUCGCAACUGCCUCCAGUGAUGGAUCCGUAAAAAUAUUCAGAUGGUUUUGGAAAGAUGAAGGUUUUAAACUAAAUCUAGAGUUGGAACUAUCAGCUCACACUUAUCCAGCCUUGGCUGUUGAUUUUGGUGCUAAUGAUGCACUCUUACUAAGUGCUGGGCUUGAUGGCUGUGCUCGGCUUUGGGAUAUUAUGUCAGGUUGUGAGUUGCUUGUUUUGACGGCGGACAGCAGUCAGUGGCGCGGAGAUGGCGGUGGUGGUGUGAGGGACGCCCGUGUAUCUCCUCACCACCCGCCGAUGAUGCUGCUCUCCAGUGAUGAUGGAUUCACAGCAUUGUGGGGCAUAGAACAAACAAGCCCGGACCCCAUAAAAGUAUAUCCAGGUCUUGUGGAAGCAGCGUUAUGCUGCGCGUGGUCUGCGGACGGUGUACUGGCAGCGGCAGGAGGAGCUGCUGGUGAAUUACAGCUGCUCGCUCCACCUCGUCCAGACUGUUUGUAUCAACAGAGUGAUGCUCAUGAUCUUGGAGUUCUUAGUUGUGAUUUCGCACCCAUUUCCCACAAUAAUGAGUCUGAAAGUGAAAGUAAAACGUAUCUUCUCGCAACGGGAGGGCGAGACGCUUUAAUAAAAUUGUGGCAAAUAACUACGGAAGUUGAAGACGAUCACAUUGAAUGUAUAACAUUAAAUUUAGCAAGGGCUCUAGCAGCCCAUGGCAGUGCAGUGCAAUGUGUACGUUGGGGUCAAUUUGGUCGAUAUGAGAAUGAAUUAGCACUAGCCACAGGUGGGGCAGAUCGUUGGGUUCGUGUGUGGCGUGUUACUGAAACGAAAAUGGGUCUUGAAGCUGUUGCAACAGUCUCUGUGCCUGCUGGAGCGGCGGGGGGCGCGCCAGCUGUACGUCUUUUAGCUUACGAGCGGACGUCACUGCUGGCUGUCGGAUCGUUAUCUGGCACACUUGCUUUGUGGCAACUCCCAAAUACCGAUCUCAUGGAAGAAUGUGAGGGAGCAGAACCACGAUUUUGGAGUAUAAGUGGAGUCAUGAGGUGGUUAUAUGAGUAUGUUACGAGAUCAACCGAGGAUGCAGACAAUGUAGAGGAUAUAGAAAAGCGUCUGACUGAAGCAGUACGAACCUCACAAAUUACAGGAGCUCGAUUACUAGAUGACCCUCUUGAAGAGUUAAUAAAGGCUUUUGGUUACGGAGAUGAAGAUAAUGACGAAGAGGUAAACGAUGAAAACACUGCCAUACAUGACAGGUUAAUUGAUGAAAUACUUUGGCUACGCAGGGGACCUAUGAACCUCGAUCUGGAGUCAUCGAUUCCGCAUGCACUACGAUGUCCCAUAUCGCACGAAGUGAUGACAGAGCCAGCCCGGGCUGCUGAUGGUUUUACCUAUGAACGACAGGCCUUCCUCGACUGGUGUCUAGCUACCGGACCAGAAGCGGUACGGUCACCGGUAACUGGUCGUCGUUUACGUAGUACGAUUGUGGCUCCGAACCGAUUGUUGCGCGAGCGACUUCGAGAACACUGCGCUUGGAAACGGUUGCCAUAA